ACUAAAAUGGAAAACUGUAGAUAUUCAAUCCAUGUUGAUUAAACAAUUAUCAUGAAGAUAUUUGUUGUUCUACUAGCUGUGGUUUUGGGUUCCCAAGCUCACCAAGAAUAUGGUGAUGAUCACCAUGCUCGUGACGGUAUUGAACCAGUGUUACAAAGGCACGCCACUAGAAGUUUGCCAACGAAUUUAAAAAGUUCACCAAUUUUAAACCAAGCUCGUUAUAUGGGUUACCGAAGUGCACCAGUAGAUCAGAAGCCCGAAGUUGUAUCAAAGAGGUCAUGGUUUGGAAAUAAACAUAGGCCUUCUCUCUUCCAUCGCAAACCACACCGUAGGUUAUUCCACCCCCAUCAUCGAAGCGUCCUACCAAUUGAGACUCGAUCCGACAAGAAACAACUAGGUGAUUCUGAAUCUGUCAAGAAACAACUACGUGAUUCUGUUGAAGCAUUAAAACAAGCACCUGAUGCUGAAGCAGAAAUCGUGGUUGAUCCACAUUCUGCGCGGGCUUUCUUGUUACAUCGUUCAAAUGAACUACCCCUAGUUCGUUCCCCAUGGUACGCUCGAUCCGCCAGUAUAGAACCAUCCCUCCCUUCAAGUCGACACCCUCCAAUUCAAUUCGCUGACUCUGCCGACCUUGCUGACCCCAUAAAACAAGCACGUGAUGCCGAGGCAGACAUCGUAGCUCGUACUUUUAUGCUACCCCGUUCGAAUGAACUACCCCUUGUUCGUUCCCCAUGGUAUGCUAGAUCCGCCAGUAUAGAACCAUCCCUCCCUUCAAGUCGACACCCUCCAAUUCAAUUCGCUGACUCUGCCGACCUUGUUGACCCCAUAAAACAAGCACGUGAUGCUGAGGUAGACAUCGUAGCGCGUACUUUUCGUUCGAAUGAACUACCCCUUGUUCGUUCUCCAUGGUACGCUCGAUCCGCUAAUAUAGAACAUUCAAGUCGACACGCUCCAAUUCAAUUCGCUGACUCUGCCGACUUUGUUGCCCCCAUAUCUCGUUCGCAAGAACCAGAACUACCCCUUGUUCGUUCCCCAUGGUACGCUCGCUCCGCCAAUGUACAACCAACCCUCCCCUCAAGUCGCCACCCUCCAAUUCAAUUCGCUGACUCUGUCGACCUUGAACCAUUGAAACAAGCACGUGAUGCUGAGGCGAACAUCGUAGUUGAACCACAUUCUGCGCGUGCGUUUUUGCUACAUCGUUCGCAUGAACUACCCCAUGUCCGUUCCCCAUGGUACGCUCGAUCUGCCCCAACUUCAAGUCGCCACUCUCCAAUUCAAUUCGCUGACUCUGUCGACCUUGAACCAUUGAAACAAGCACGUGAUGGUGAAGCAGACAUCGUAGUUGAUCCACAUUCUGCGCGCGCUUUUUUGUUACAUCGUUCACAUGAACUACCCCAUCUCCGUUCCCCAUGGUACGCUAGAUCUGCCCCAACUUCAAGUCGCCACUCUCCAAUUCAAUUCGCUGACUCCGUCGACCUUGAACCAUUGAAACAAUCACGUGAUGGUGAAGCAGACAUCGUAGUUGAUCCACAUUCUGCGCGCGCUUUUUUGUUGCACCGUUCGAAUGAACUACCCCAUUACCGUUCCCCAUGGUACGCUAGAUCCGCCGAUAUACAACCUUCAAGUCGACACCCUCCAAUUCAAUUCGCUGACUCUGUCGACCUUGAACCAUUGAAACAAGCACGUGAUGGUGAAGCAGACAUCGUAGUUGAUCCACAUUCUGCGCGUGCUUUUUUGUUACAUCGUUCACAUGGAUCCUUCCAAGUCCGUAACCCAUGGUACCGUCGCCAUUACCAAUCAUACCGAUCCGAACCAACUGAAUUGCGUAUACAGCUGCGUGACGCUCAACCAGCUGAUUCUGAAGAUGCCUCUUCACGCCUUGAUGCUUCAGGAUUCUUCGAUCAACCAGAUAAUUUUGCUGCCGCUUUUAUUGAUGAAGAAGGGGAUCAGCAGUUUGAUUCUGAACCAGCUGAACAGCACACUGAUUCCGGAGUCUUUGACUUUGCAGAACAACGGUACGAUUCUGAAACUCUAACUAAUCGCCAAAAUCAACCUGCUGAUUAACCAGGAGAUUCUACAAUCCAAAAUAUGCUAUAGUAGGUUAUAAUAAUUAAUAUUAUAUAAUAUAUUGUAAUAAACCUACAUCAUAAGUGGAUUUCAAACAAUAAAUGCUACUAAAAUAU